CUGUCAAAAUGCCUGUGGUCGGGGGACAAAGUGAACACCAGAAAGUGCAUUUAACCUCUGCAGCACCAGGUGCUCACCUCAUCCAUUGCUCCUUUGCUUUGGCCUCCUGGGCAAAGAAGUUCAAACGGGAAGCGCCCGUUAACCAUCGAAUGCAUGAAGAUGUGUCAAGAAUUGCGGCGUCUUCUGCACAUGGAAUCACUUUUCAGAAAUGUGCAGUGGUUCGUACUGACCAUGAACCUCAAAGCGUUUAUGUGAAACUCCUGAUUAACAACACAAAUACUCUACAUGCAUUAAAUAUCACAGACCUUGUUUUACUGGAUAACAUCACAGGUCUCCAUGUUCAAGGAGCAAAGGGUAAUCAGACAGCAGAUGGGUUCCAAACAUUCAGAAUGCAAUUUCUGCAUGCUGGGGAACAUUAUUCAUUGGACUAUAUUGCCAUUGUUAAUACAAAAGAAACGGGGAAUGCCGGGGUAUUGAUUCUGCCUGCGAAACUGACUUUUCGCUCAUCACUGAACAAUUCUCAGUUCGAUCCACUGACAGCAUCAUUGAGAAUAACAGGAGAAAAAAAGACAAAGAUUUUGUUGAGUCACGGCACCCACGCUUUGGGAUUCUUUGCUUCUUUUAUCGUUUCUUUUAUGCUGACGAGUGUGAUGUUGUGGACUGCUUACAGAACCCGGCGAAUUAUCAGGGAGAGCCAGGAGGCGGAACAAGACCCUAACCCAGAGUAUCAGCAGGAACAUUCCCACUUUAAUUCAGGUGGCACCAACCACGAGGACAUCUUGUUGAAUGACCAUAUUAUUGACAUCUUGUUUUUUGAAGAACCGGAGAACAUGCUUCAGUCUUUAGAAGACUUUGAAAUAGCAAACUUGACCCACGCAGAUAGAGAUUUGGAAGACUGUCGAAUGCAGAUUUCCCAAGAAGCAAUUGCUCUGUUAAUGAAGAACAUGCUUGCAACUUGUGGGCUGUCUGCUCACCUGGAGAAAAAGAUGAGUUUGGCUCUCAGAAAGCAGUUUCGCUCCAUGGAGAUGGAGGUUCAAGAAGAGUACAACCGGAAGAUGGUGGCCUUAACAGCUGAGUGUAGCCUGGAGAACAGGAAGGCAGCUGAGACUCAGCACUGCAGAGAGAGAGGGAGGAGCAGAGAGGCUGAGGAACUGUUGAAGAAGGCCAACGAAAAGUCAGCUGCAGAAUGCAGAACCCUCCUGGAAAAACUACACCAAUUGGAGCACCUCCAUAGCAAGAGGUUUCUUCUGGUGAAGCAAGAAGAAUACUUUGCUGUGGCUUACAGAGAAUUGGCUUGUUCCGAAAGAAAUGAGAUCCAUAACAUCUUUUUCACUCAGAUAAGAAAUAUGAUUUGUAAAGGAGAACUGAAAUUAGAAGCCGCCAAAUCGCUUGUUGAGAAUUACUCUAAAAUACAGGGAGACAUUGAAGAGCGGAUGGAUUUUUUGCAAGCUCAUAAGAAGUAUCAUCUGAGUAAAAGAUUUGCUCAAAGAGAAUACCUCAUUCAAAUGAUUCAGUUACUGGAUUCCCAGAUGACAUCCCUGUGGGACCUUGCGGCAAACCAGAUAGCUAUGUUCAUUAGUAAAGUGGAAAGAGGUUGCGGUUUGGCUGAAAAUCAUUUGGGGGGAGUCCUAAACACAGCUCAAGUUGAGCUGCGCUCUGCUCAACAGACGUUUGCUCGUAUUGUAAAGGAAGAGAAGGAGAAACUUCACCAAGAACUUGUUGCCAAAAGACGACGAGAAAUGCUACAGAAGAAAGAACAACUGGCACAGACGUGUCCUGAGGAAGCUUCCAGAAGCCCUGAAGACAUCUGCCAUUACCUGGCUCAGUGGCAAAGGCUGCUGGUGGAUCACUUCAUUGGACUGGAGGAGCUCGCUGAAAAACUUGAUAAUGAGGGGAAAGAAGAACUCUUCGUGCUCAGGCUUCACCUGGCCGAGAGAGCUAGUGAGGAAAUCAGACGGAUUCACUACGGACCUGUUGUUGAAGAACUGUUACAGCUCAGCGUGCCAAAACUGUAUUUGCACCAAGCGAUGGAGGAGCAUCAAAGCGAGCUGGCCGAGGCCGUGCGAUGGUGGGAAAAAGGAAACCAGGGCACAAUUGCGGCUGCUGAAAAAUUACUUCAGAGUAAGAGAGAAAAAUUGAGCGAAGAACUUCUGCACCAAAUUAGGGAACAGAAGAAAUUAAGGGACUGGGAACAGUUAGUGCUCUUGAAACUGUUAGGUUCCUCUCUCUCUUUAUCUGAAGAAGAAUUACUGAAAAUACAGCAAGAGUUCCAUGGCUGCUUUUCCCAGAUGGAUUGCAGUUUGGCUUUACCAAAGAUCCGGGCAAGGGUGUUGCUUCAGAUUUACCAGUCUGAGUGGAGAGAAGCAGCUCUACGGAAGGUGGAUCAGAAGAUGCGAGCCCUGGGCGAGCAGCAAGAGCCUGAAGUCAGAAGAAAAACAAGGAACAAAAAUAAGAUAGAUGUUCUAAAGAAAUCUUUAGAGAAAAAGAUUCACAUCUACAAAGAAUCUAUUACAAACCAAUAUGAGAACCAGCUUCUCAGUGAACUGCAGCUGACAAGAUCACGUCAGCUGCAGGCUCUGGAGAAUAAAAUUGGGGAGUACAUCAGUUCUCUGCACUUCCAAAAAAUUGCAAAAAUACCAGAAACGCUAGAGUUCUACAUGGCUGUCGUACGAUUAUGCACUUUGCUUCUGGAAGAGCUGAGCUCAUCGAAGACCAUGAGCAACUCCGACUGGGCUGAAAUCGUGGAGCAGAGCAACCGUGAAAUUGAGGAGGUGGAAAAAAAGAUGGAGGAUGAACUGUUGCAUCAAGAGUUGACUCAGCGACGGCCUUCUCUGAUGAACAGGAAGAAGCGGAGUCCAGACCAACUGGGCACUACAAACUCCGCUGAGGACUGGCACUCAGGCGGGCCAGUGCCUGCACUCCUACAGCAAGCACUGACCCAGCGCAAAGAGUUGGUGUGCCUGCACAGACAAAGUUUAAGAGAAGUUCAGAAUAAUCUAGUGGUUCUUGAAAAUUUUCUGGAGAACGUAGAAAUGGAUACCCUUUUGGCACUUUAUACCAAGGAGCUCAGAUUAGCAUCUUAUUUAACAAAGUUGAUGCUCAUGCCUGUGGGGACAUUACAGAGACUCCUGCACUUGCUUCUACCAACUCGCUUGCCGAAUGAACUCCUUUCUGUUCUGGGCUCGAUCGCUAAUAAGCAUUCUGAAGCCAUCCUCAAAAGAGACGGCGAAGAGGAAGCCGGCAACUGUCAGAAGAGGAGGCACCAACAGUCAUGGAAAACCUUAGAAAUCAAGUUGAGGCAAGAGAUGAUAAACGCAAACUUGGGGAAAAUGAAUACUGUUCACAGCAAUAAAAGUGUACUGAAGCAAAAACAGCCGGCCCUUCUGGAAAAGGCCACGUUCUUCCAUCCAGAAAGUUUGUCUGAACAACUUCAGCCAGACGCUGAGAACACCACAGAUGUGAUCGAGCUCUCAGACACAAAAGAGAAGAUCUUUGUUUUCCGGGACUCUACAUUUUCCAUGGGUACUUCAUCAAAAAAAAAGAAGACCAGCUUUCUAAAUUCAAAGAAGUUGGGCCUUCAAAAGAGUGAUAAGUGAAAUGU